AUGGCUGAGGGUCUCGUUCUCCGCGGUACCAUGCGUUCUCACACUGACAUGGUUACCGCCAUUGCCACCCCGAUCGACAAUUCCGAUAUGAUUGUCACCGCUUCCCGUGACAAAUCCAUCAUCCUCUGGCGCCUUACCAAGGAGGACAAGACUUACGGUGUCCCCAGCCGCCGUCUCACCGGUCAUUCUCACUUUGUUCAGGAUGUUGUUCUGUCCUCCGACGGUCAGUUCGCUCUAUCUGGUUCAUGGGAUGGUGAACUUCGUCUGUGGGAUCUCAACGCCGGAACCUCCGCUCGCCGAUUCGUCGGUCACACCAAGGACGUUCUAUCGGUUGCUUUCUCGAUUGACAACCGUCAGAUCGUGUCUGCUUCUCGUGACCGCACGAUAAAGCUAUGGAACACUCUCGGUGAGUGCAAAUACACUAUCCAGGAUGGUGAUGCUCAUUCCGAUUGGGUUAGUUGCGUCCGAUUCAGCCCUAGCACUUUGCAGCCAACUAUUGUCUCCGCUUCAUGGGAUAAGACUGUGAAGGUUUGGAAUCUGACGAACUGCAAGCUGAGAAACACUCUUGCCGGACAUUCUGGUUAUGUCAACACUGUUGCUGUGUCACCUGAUGGUUCUCUCUGUGCCAGUGGAGGCAAAGAUGGUGUUAUUCUUUUGUGGGAUUUGGCUGAGGGAAAGAGACUUUACUCUCUUGAUGCUGGGUCUAUUAUUCAUGCUCUGUGCUUUAGUCCCAACAGGUACUGGCUAUGUGCUGCAACUGAGUCAAGCAUUAAGAUCUGGGAUUUGGAGAGCAAGAGUAUUGUCGAGGAUUUGAAGAUUGACCUAAAGACUGAGGCUGAUGGUACCACUGGUGGUAAUACCACCAAGAAGAAGGACAUUUACUGUACUAGUUUGAACUGGAGUGCUGAUGGAAGCACUUUGUUUAGUGGAUAUACUGAUGGUGUUGUAAGAGUCUGGGGCAUUGGGCGUUAUUAG